AUGUCGUUCUUGGAGCCUCGCCUUGCGCCCUUGCCCUCAAUCUGGAUCUCAAGCGAUGACGACCUAUCGGAGAGGAAGGCAGCCCUGCGACGCUGCGCUUCAUUCCCAGGCUACAUUCCGUUUGCCCUGCAGUCGCACAAAGACCAGGCUGGGCUGACCGUGACCUCGCGUCGGGAGAGAGAGGAAUUGGGCGACUGCUCCAUUGACGACAACUUGACACAGGAUCCGUUGGAAGACUCGGAAUGGCAAACGAUGCUACCUCCAAUCGAUGCGUCGGAGGACUCGGAGGAUGUGAACGUGUGGCCUGACACGGAUACGGAGGAUGAUUUCGAAGAACGACGAAAUCUGCAAGCACCGCUUUCAGAGGCGAAGGAUUCUGCACAGCCGACGCAUGGAUGGACAGACAAAGGCAAUCCGGGUUCUUUGCAGGCAUCCCUGACAGUGUUUACCGGAUGGAGCGACCCAGUGUGGUGCAAGGCCAAUGCGAGCAAGAAUGUGGAAGCUGCACCUCGUGGCCCUGUGCGAGCUUCAGCGGGCCCCGGUUCCUUCACCUCUGAACGACCUGCACGAGUCCAGGUCAACCUCGAGACUGAAUUGUCUCUGAGCCCCUGUGCUGACGCCAAUCCGUGCAAACAAGUGCCAAAGCCCGUCAACAUGGUGGCAGGAAAGGGGCCAUGCCGUGCAGUGCGCCCAAAGGUGCCGGGCAAGUGUGGUGGACCUACCCUGAAGGAGUCUUUCCGUGGUGGUGAAGGGACUGAAGACGGUGCUGGGAAUCGGCAGGUGCUCCAGGCCGUAAAGGCUGGGAAUGCAGCUCUUCAGAAAGCUCGUGCUAUGAUGCCUGCUGUGAAUGCGAAGCCGCAGUGUUCCAUCGCUAUCCAGGCGAUUCGCGGUAUGCGAAGUGGCCUCGGUCAGAGCGAAACUCGACACGAAUCUGCGUUCGUGCACAAGCCGAGCGCUUUACAUGCGUGCAUCCAGCCAGAAUUCACUGCAACGGGCGAGCCAUCUGUGAACGGUGGCUGCUGUGUGCGCUUCGUGGCGCAGAUGCGGAGCAGUAGCAUUGCUUGCCGCGUCCGGGCGGCACUAACACUAACGCCGACAUACCCUGAGUUUGAGCUUCUAGUUACAGGUUGCCGCGAUGGCAAAGUGAUCUCCGGGCGGGUACAAGCCUGGCUUGGUGCGGCAGCGUUGCCCGUUCCGCUUGAUGACUCCGGCGUUAUCUGCUGUGCCGUCGAGCCCACAUCUGGCGGUGAGGGCCCGCCAGUGGACAAGCUGCUGUGCCGGAUCUGCUUGCUGGAGGGGCCCGGAGAGGACGAUCCUCUGAUUGCACCGUGUCAGUGCAAGGGCUCUAUCGAGUAUGUCCACCUGGGAUGCCUCCGGCACUGGAUCCGGGGGCGUCUGAAUCUCUCCGACCGACCAUUGGGCUCGUAUUUCUACAGGCCCUUGACUUGCGAGCUUUGUAAGUCGGUUUACCCGACCUACAUCCACACCAACAGCGGCCAAGAGAGAUCGCCGUUGGUUGAAGUGCCAUUUACGCAGCCGCCUUUCAUAGUUCUGGAGAACAUGGUGCGGGAUUCCCAGCAGCAUACGUCCAGAGGUCUGCAUGUGAUAUCACUUGCGGAGAAGGAGCUCAAGCUUGGCCGCGGCCACGAGAGCGAUGUGCGCAUUGCGGAUGUCUCAAUCUCUCGCACUCAUGCAACAAUUCGAUUCAGCAAGGGCCACUUCCUCUUGCAAGACAGCUCGUCGAAGUUCGGCACACUGGUCGCCAUGAAAAAACCCCGGGUGCUGGAGCCAGGCGUUAACAUUUCCAUUCAGAUGGGCCGGACGGUUCUGACACUGUGUGCGCAGCACGAUCCGAACCAGUCAAACUCGGCAUCUUCUUUGAACCAGCUGCCAGUCGGGGGCAGUGCUCAGGACGAGCGAGCCCUGCGGCUGUCCCUGCUGACCCGCGGACAGAGCGAGGGUGGACAGACGGCUCAGAGUGAGGAGCUUCCCGAAGAGUGA